ACAUGGGUAAAUGUUCUAAGAUAAAAGGAGAGAUAGAUGGAGAUGGAGAGAUAGAUAGAGAGAUAAAUUGUACUCUUGUAGAAUGGUGGAAGAAGAGAGUCAUUAAUAUUAUCCUUGGAGAUGGGCUAUUUGAUAGUAGACCAAUUGAUGGCCACUUAAAUGAUGAGAAUGAUAGAGAG